CAAUUUCAAGAAUAGUACUGUGUCAUCUAUGACGAUGCUUUUUUGCGCGGCACAUGCGCAUUACGUUUUCAUCCGUCAGUUGCAUUGAGGAGCAUUAAGAUGGACAAAGUGGAAGCUCAUGCCCAGCGACCCGUGUCUUUGGGCAUCACGGUUGAUGAUGAAGCUGCAGUUUCAGAGCCCGCUGCAGAAGCCACCAGUCAGAUUCCCUCCGAAGAUAGCAUCCUUCCCCAAGAAGACAGCAUCGAUCUGGGCGGCACAGACUUUGUCACACCCCAGGGAGACAGCAGCGCCACACCCACUGAGAGCUUGAUGGACAGACUAAAUGAUCAGAUGAUGGAGAGCGUCAUGAUUUCCGACUCGCCUAACAACAGUGAGGAGGACGACUUGGCUCCUAUCGACUCCUAUCUGGAUGGUGGGGAGCCGGAGAAUGCAACCCCUGGAAACAUAGAGGAGGACAGUGAAAUUGGACAGAACAUGACAGAGAUUGAAGUUUCAGUGGGCCAGCUGGAACAGGAAUGCUCCGAAGAGGAAACAAAAGAGGGGGAGGCCGCACAACAGCGAGUCCCAGCUUCUGUCUCACCCCAAGGCGAUACUUUGAGUCCAGCUGCUAAUUCUGAUGAUGUUCCAGUAAGAGGGAUUAGUCCUAAAGAUGAACCUGUGCCAGUGUGCACCAUAUUCAGCCAGAGCACCCUGCCGAAGUCGUUGGUGCCCGACGGCUUCCAGCCUACCCUGAUCAAGUCCCCUAGCUUUACCAUGGGAAGUGCGGGUGGAAGUGAUGAAGCUGUGACCCCCAGUAAACUAACUGCUCCCCUAGUUUGUCAGCCCAGUCCUAGCCUCAGUAAGUUCUUUGCUGACAACGGACAAGCCAAUCCAGCCUCUGACUUCUUUGAUUCUUUUACUGUUCCAUCAUCCUUUAUUUCUGUCUCUAACCCCAACGCUGACCUUUCUCCUGGGGCUGGCCCGCCACCCAUGCCUCUUACCCCUGAGCGCCAGCUCUCUUCAGCCUCUUCCAUCUCCACCCCAGGAGCGCUUUUAGACUCUGCAUCUCCCACGCCGAGCCCAGUGUUUGGCCCUGCUCCCACUGAACCGAACAGCAACUCCCAACCGCUUCCACCCCAGAAUCUCCCAGCUCCGAGUCCGGCCCCGGCCCCCAUUUCAGCCACACAGGCACAGCCCUUCAACCAGCUCCAAGCUGUGUUCUCAGGGAGCGAUGACCCGUUUGCGAUUGCGCUGAGCUUGAGUGAGGUGGACAGGCGACAUGAUGCCUGGCUGCCUUGUGAGGAGACGAGGAAAGUCUUGAUAUCUGUUGCCACCCAGCAGUACAGCACUGCAUAUGUAGAGAGCAACAAACUCACAAUGCCUGGGCUGAAAUUUGACAACCUGCAGGGAGAUGCCGUGAAAGACCUCAUGCUUCGUUUCUUGGGAGAGCAGGCUGCCAUGAGGCGUCAGGUCCUCACCGCCAACUCUGUGGAGCAGUCCUUCAUCGGCCUCAAGCAGCUCAUUAGCACUAAGAACUGGCGGGCUGCCGUGGAUCUGACGGGACGGUUGUUGACAGCUCAUGGUCAGGGAUACGGAAAGGCCGGCCAGCCAACCUCUCACACCACUGACUCACUGCAGCUCUGGUUUGUGCGGCUGUCUCUUCUCACCAAGUUGAACCUUUUCCAAAAUGCUGAACUGGAGAUUGAACCCUUUGGCAACCUCGACCAACCAGAUCUGUACUAUGAGUACUAUCCAGCUGUUUACCCUGGGAGGAGAGGCUCAAUGGUGCCUUUCUCCAUGCGGCUGCUGCACGCCGAGCUUCCCCAGUACCUGUCCAAACCCCAGGAGGCUCUGGACCGCCUGCACAACCUCAAAACUGUCUGCCUUGCUAUACUAGAAAACCUGGAGAAAGGCUUGGCAGAGGAUGGCAGCAUGAUCACCCUAGCACAGGAGAACAGGCAAGCAUCCCUAAAACUGUGGAGGUCUCGUCUCAGUCGGGUCAUGUACUCCAUGGCCAACUGCCUGCUGCUGAUGAAGGACUACGUUCUGGCAGUGGAGACCUAUCACUCCAUCAUCCAGUAUGAACCCCAGCAGAGAGUGCAGCUGCUCAGCGGAAUCGGACGCAUCUUCUUGCAGAUCGGAGACGUGAAAACUGCAGAAAGAUACUUCCAGGACGUGGAGAAAGCCUACGAGAUGAAAGGGAGUAACCUCAGUCACGCUACAUGCAUCCUAAUGAACAGGGCCUUUGUCUACCUCAGUCAGAAUAAUUACGCUGACGCACACGCAACUUUCCUUGAAGUUUUGAAAAUUGACCCAAAAAAUCCAGUUGCAAAUAACAACGCUGCAGUGUGUCUCCUCUACUUGGGCCGGCUAAAGGAGUCCUUGGGCCAGCUGGAGGGCCUGGUUCAGCAGGACCCCACCCAGUACCUCCAUGAGAGCGUCCUCUUCAACCUGACCACCAUGUAUGAACUGGAGUCGUCGCGCAGCACGCAGAAGAAGCAGGCGCUGCUGGACGCCGUGGCCUGCCGGGAGGGAGACAGCUUCAAUGCGCAGUGCCUCAAACUGGUCUGAAAAGAAGAAGGACAACUGGGAGAGAACUGUGCUGCUGCUGCUGCUGCUGCCCCGCGUUAACGACGGGUACUACAGCUCUGUGUUCAGAGAGGAACUAAGCCGUACUCCAGUGGGACAGUAAAACCAACGCUUGCUGUUCAGUUUCAGAGAUGUUAAAAGGGGACGUUUGAGAUCGGCUUUUAUCGCACUAAAGUGAUCCAGCACUCCUGCCAUGUGAGCAGCGACCCAGAAACAGUCCUCACACUUACAGCAUUUUGAGACUGAAAGAAUUUGUGGUGAAUGUCCUUAUUUGUUGUGUUGUUUUUUUGCUGCAGCUCUGCAUAAAUACUGAGGGAGUGGAUGUCUGGCUCCAAGGCUAAAAAAAAAAAUAAUCCAACUAUGUAAUACAUAAGCUUUGUUAAACCACUUUGAAAUCUGGAGGACAAAAACAUUACAUGAGGGUCAUGAGAGGGCACAGCUGCAUGUUUCACUUGACUUUUAAAGCAGCGUUUCUUUUUUGUCACUACAUACUUUUCUCUUAUACAAACAGGGUUCCUACACAUAUUUCCAGACUUUAUGCAGACCCAAAAUAAUCCGAAUCCUCAGUUCUUUUGAAGACGGGUUUUAAAAGUAUAAAUAACAAAAACUUAUGUUUCUAAAUUGGUCUGGACUUAAGGGAGAAGUUUAAGCAGAAGACAGAAACAAAUGACGGACGGACAAAAAUGCAAGAAAGAUGAAACACUGAAAGAGGGAUGGAAAUGGAUAAUAAUAGAGAGAUGACUGGGCCGACAUACUGGCAGAAAGAUGGAAGAAUGAAUGUGUGGCUGAACAGAUGAAUAGAUGGAAGGAAAAGACUUUUAGUGAACGGGAUAAGGAGCGAGCCUGGUAAUAUUAAUGUUCUUUCCUCACCCAAACCUAAAAAGCCUCUUAAAUAAAAUUCAGCAGUUUUCCAGACCGCUUAGGAACUGAGUGCAAGCUUUUCUACACCCAGACACUGAUCAGACAGAAUCCUCAGUUUUAUCUACUAAAAGUUGUUUCUUUGGUGGUUCAUUCUUACCUGGAUGAAGUCAUGUUAGGUUUUCUUUAGCUCUGCUCCAACCAUCAGGUUGCGUGUGCAACACGACUCAAAAUAUUCUGGAUGAAUCUGCGUUAAAAUUUUAACUAAAUCUGGGAUAAUGCUUGAUCCACAUCAGUGAUUUUUCUCUCUCUCUCUCUCUUUGCCCAGCUGAAAUGUGGUUCUUUUUAGGCCCGUCUCUUUAAGCCGUCACAUGACCCUCUGCUCAAAGACUAUUGCAGCAAGACCAACCAUGAAAACAGCCCCGUCUUCUGUAGUUAAUUCAAAAAGACACGGUAGGCUGCUCUCUAAAAUCAAUAAAUACAUUUCCAAAACAUUCCUCUCAGUAAAUGUACUUUAACUGAGAAAUUCAAAAUUCCAAAA